UCUGCCUCUGUAGAGAGUGCUUGAAGAGGGUAGCAGCCCUGCCACUGCCGUCUGUCCUUGUCUUCGUAAACCCAUCUGUCUGCCUCACUGACCACUGUUCAUCUGUAAAUGUUUGUCUGCAUUUCUGUAAGUCCAUCUCUAUCCAAAUGUCUCUCUGACCAUCCUCUUUGUCCAGCUAUCUAACCUGUAUGUCAACCCAUCUGUUUGUUUAUCGCCAGCCCCACUGAUUUUUCUAUCUGUCCAAUCAUCUGUAAGUCUACUUGCACAUCUUUUUGUCCAUCUGUCCCUUUGUCUGACCAUUGGCCUAUCUACCCACCUGUCUCCCCUGUCUUCCUGGACCGCUGAAACAUGGCCCAGGGCCACAGGGCCACAGUCAGCUUGGUCCUUCUUGGACUGGGGCUGGCACUGACCAUCAUUGUGCUAGCUGUGGUCCUCUCUCGCCGCCAUGCUCAUUGUGGCCCCAAGGCCUUUGCCCAUGCUGCUGUAGCUGCUGACUCUAAAGUCUGCUCAGACAUUGGACGAGCCAUCCUCCAGCAGCAGGGCUCACCUGUGGAUGCCACCAUCGCAGCCCUGGUCUGCACCGGCGUUGUCAACCCUCAGAGCAUGGGCCUGGGUGGAGGGGUCAUCUUCACUAUCUACAAUGCAACAACAGGAAAGGUGGAAGUCAUCAAUGCUCGGGAGACGGUACCAGCCAGCCACACCCAGGGCCUGCUGGACCAAUGUGAAAAGGCUCUGCCGCUGGGCACAGGGGCCCAGUGGAUUGGGGUGCCUGGGGAGCUCCGUGGCUACGCAGAGGCCCACCACCGCCAUGGCCGUCUGCCCUGGGCACAGCUGUUCCAGCCCACUAUUGCACUCCUCCGAGGGGGCUACCGCAUGCCCUCUGUCCUGAGCCAGUUCCUGAACAGCAGGUUUCUGCAGCCUUCCUUACAGGCAUCGACCCUAAGGCAGCUCUUCUUCAAUGGGACAGAACCCCUGAGGCCUCAGGACCCAUUUCCAUGGCCUGCGCUGGCCACCACCUUGGAGACUGUGGCCACGGAGGGCGCAGAGGUCUUCUACACAGGGAGGCUGGGCCAGAUGCUGGUGGAGGAUAUUGCCAAGGAAGGGAGCCUGCUGACUCUGCAGGACCUGGUUACCUUCCAGCCUGAGGUGGUGGAUGCCCUGGAGAUGCCCCUGGGAAACUACACCCUGUAUUCACCACCACCACCUGCAGGGGGCGCUAUUCUCAGUUUCAUCCUCAAUGUGCUGAGAGGGUUCAACUUUUCCACGGAGUCGGUGGCUGGACCUGAAGGGAGAGUGAGCAUGUAUCAUCACCUUGUGGAAACACUCAAGUUUGCCAGAGGGCAAAGGUGGCGGCUGUGGGACCCUCGCAGACACCCGGAGGUCCAGAAUGCCUCCAAGGACCUGCUAGGGGAGGCUCUGGCCCAGCACAUCCGCCAGCAGAUUGAUGAACGUGGUGACCACCAGCUCAGUCACUACAACCUGGCCGGAGCCUGGGGCCACAGGAUGGGCACCUCUCAUGUGUCUGUGCUGGGAGAAGAUGGGAGUGCUGUAUCUGCCACCAGCACCAUCAACACACCCUUUGGAGCAAUGGUGUACUCGCCACGGACAGGCAUCCUCCUCAACAAUGAGCUACUGGAUUUAUGCUGGAGAUAUUCACCAGGUUCCAGUGUCACCCCACCACCAGUUCCAGGCGAGCGGCCGCCAUCAUCCAUGGUACCUUCCAUCUUGGUCAACAAAGACCAAGGGUCCAAGCUAGUGAUUGGUGGAGCUGGUGGGGAACUAAUCAUCUCUGCUGUGGUCCAGACCAUCAUGAACAAGCUGUGGCUUGGCUUUGACCUGACAGCAGCCAUUGCAGCUCCCAUCUUGCAUGUCAACGACAAGGGCCAUGUGGAGUAUGAGCCCAGUUUCAGCCAGGAGGUACAGAAAGGGCUACAAGACCGUGGCCAGAACCAGACCCAGAAGAUGUUUUUCCUGAAUGUGGUCCAGGCUGUGUCCCAGGAGGACACCUGCGUGUAUGCUGUAUCUGACUGGAGGAAAAGUGGAGAGGCUGCAGGCUACUAAGGAGACAGCUCAGCUCAGAGCCAGGAUUUGGCCUUACCAUAAGACUUGUGCCUUGGCUGGAGAAGUUCAUGGGAGAAAGCAUUUUGGCAGGAUCUAGACCCCUGGCAGGAGGGUCAACCUGGAACUAAAAGAGGCAGGAAUUGGUCUCGCAGAUGGAUGACUGUGGGGGGCUGAGCCUUGUGCCUGACCCCUCCCCCAUGGCCCCUGGUGGCCCUGCCUUGGCUUCUGUAGCAUUCCCUUGGCCUCUUGCCCACCUUCUCAAUCUGUGUAUCCAGCAGUCCAAGAUUAAAGAGGAGUCAGAUGUA